UACAAAAUGGCUACUAAAAAGAAGCAAAAAAUUGUCUCAAAAGAUGAUUUAAGAAAAUUGAUGAAAGAAAAGACCUUUUCCAUUAAAAGAGUGUCUAAAAAGAUUGAACACCCGUUAGCAAAGUAUAACAGUUUGGACCAAUUAACAUGUGCUUUGUGUAAUAUAGUUGUUAAGUCUGAUGCAUUGUGGGUACCCCAUUUACAAAGCCGUCAACACAAAGAGACAGUUGAACUUGUAAAAGCACCCGGUCCAGCAGUGCAGAAGAGAAAACUUCCCCCAGAACCUGAUAUACCUAGUAAAAAACAGAAAGAUAAUGGAAAGACGAAGGGGACUGCUGGAUUACCAGCUGAUUUUUACGAUAAUACUACAAAGAAAACAGCUUUAAGUUUGGCUGAUUACUCGUCUGAUGAAGAAAGUGAAGAAGAUGAAUCAACUGUAACAAAAACAACAACAACAACAACAACAUCAAACCUGGGUCAUCCUUCAUUACCACCAGACUUUUUUGACAGUGGUAAUAAACCUGAAGUAGAAGAUGAACCCAAAGAAAAGGUCAUGGCUGAUGUUCUUCCUGAGGGAUUCUUUGAUAACCCAAAACAGGACGCCAAGGUUAGAAAAGUGGAAUAUAAAGACAAGAUGGAAGAAGAAUGGGAAAUGUUUCAGAAAGCAAUGAAGGAAGAAACUCAUGUAUCUGAAGCCAUAGUAGAAGAAGAAGAUGAGCAGAUUAACGUAGACAGAAAUAUAGAGGAAAUAGAUGAUCAAAUAAAUCGUUGGAAAGAAGUGAACGAUUUAACAAUAAAAAAGGAAGAAAUGCCUCAUAAAUGUGACAAUAAAUCCUCUGAUAGUGAUAAUGAUAGUGAUAUAGACAUUGAUAAUAUGGAGGAUUUGUUAGAUUGGCGGGCGAAAAAAGUCAAAAUAAAGAAAUGACAAGA